CUUGUGCAUUUCCAAUUCACAUGGCGGCGGUUCUGAAGAGAGUGCUGCGGCCGGGGACGUUCCCGGCGGCCUUAGGCCGCCCCGUGGGACGGCGCGAGGCAUGCCUGAGUACUGAUGCCGGGGCUGCCGUGCGAGUGCGGUUUGCCCCCAGUCCCACAGGUUUCUUGCACCUGGGUGGCCUCCGCACUGCCUUGUACAACUACAUCUUUGCCAGGAAACACCGAGGAAGCUUCAUCCUGAGGCUAGAGGACACGGAUCAAACGCGCCUUGUGCCUGGGGCAGCGGAGAAUAUUGAGGACAUGCUGGAGUGGGCAGGCAUUCCUCCUGAUGAGAGUCCCCGCCAGGGAGGCCCUGCCGGGCCCUAUCAGCAGUCUCAGCGACUUGAGCUGUAUGCCCAGGCCACGGAAGCACUGGUGAAGACCGGAGCUGCUUACCCCUGUUUUUGCUCCCCAGAGCGGCUGGAGCUCCUGAAGAGGGAGGCCUUGAGGAACCACCAGACACCCAGGUAUGACAGUCGGUGCCGGAACCUGACCCAGAAGCAGGUGGCCCAGAAGUUGGCCGAAGUUCCCAAGCCUGCUAUCCGCUUCCGUCUGGAGGAGGAGGCACCAGCUUUCCAGGACUUGGUGUAUGGCUGGAAACAGCACGAAGUGGCCAGCGUGGAGGGAGACCCAGUCAUCCUGAAGAGCGACGGCUUCCCCACUUACCACUUGGCCUGCGUGGUGGACGACCACCACAUGGGCAUCAGCCACGUGCUGCGGGGCUCCGAGUGGCUUUCCUCCACCUCCAAACACCUGCUUCUCUACCAGGCCCUGGGCUGGCAGCCGCCUCACUUUGCCCACCUGCCCCUGCUCCUCAACAGGGAUGGCAGCAAGCUGUCCAAGCGGCAGGGGGACGUUUUCCUGGAGCAUUUUGCCACUGCUGGCUUCCUGCCAGAUGCCUUGCUCGACAUCAUCACCAACUGUGGCUCUGGGUUUGCAGAGAACCAGAUGGGCAGGACCUUGCCAGAGCUGGUAACACAGUUUGACCUGACCCGGAUCACCUGCCACUCAGCCCUCCUGGACCUGGAGAAGCUUCCAGAAUUCAACAGGGUGCACCUCCGGCGGCUGGUGAGCAGCGAGGCCCAGAGGCGGCAAUUGGUGGGGAAGCUGCAGGCCCUCGUGGAGGAGGUGUUUGGGAGCCAGCUGCAAGACAGGGCUGUUCUUGACCCGGCGUAUAUGGAAAGGAUCAUUCUGCUGAGACAGGGUCACAUCUGCCGCCUGCAGGAUUUGGUCUCCCCAGCAUACUCUUACCUGUGGACUCGCCCUGCAGUGGGCCGAGCACAGCUGGGCACCAUCUCGGAGAAGGUGGAUGAGAUUGCCAAACGGGUGAUUGGGCUUUUAGAAAGACCUGGUGUGAGCUUAACUCAGGAUGUGCUGAAUGGAGAACUGAAGAAGCUGUCCGAAGGUCUGGAAGGCACAAAAUACAGUAAUGUGAUGAGACUUCUCCGAGUGGCCCUCAGUGGACAGCCGCAAGGACCCCCUGUAGCUGAAAUGAUUGUGUCAUUGGGACCAAAGGAAGUUCGGGAACGAAUACAGAAGGUGCUUUCCAGCUAAAGAGAAGAUGUACAGGCAGUGGAAGUGACCUUCGUGACCUCUACGCUUGGACUGCCCUUGGAGGAGAGGAGAAGGAAGACUAGGGCCCAUCCGGAAGCUUGUGGAACUAAUAGUGGAAACAACAUGCCCGAGUGCAUUGUGGCUUCACGCAGGCCCAUCCCCCAACUUGAUUAGGGAAACCCAUGCCCAUCUCAUCUCCCUGACUCUGAAAAGUACUCGUGUCUAGUUUUUGGCACCACAUUAAGCAGCAGAGGUUGGUUCACGGAACAGUCAGCAUCACAGAACAGUCGUCCACAGUGCUCGGCAGCAGCCCAGACUCAUAUUCCUCAGGCUGGUGUGGACUUAGAGCAGUAAAAGAUCCUUGACACAAGCAGGGGUAACUUUAUGUCAGACCUCCUUUGGGUCUUGUACGGGGAGAAGUUACUCAUCUGCCAAGUGUUUCAAAUACUCUGUGUUUGAACCUUGGAGCAGCCUGCUUCUUCCUUCCCUGAAAGUCAUUUGUUCCUCUUUUCCACUUCUCCAGACCUGAUCCUUGGACUGGAGGCAUUCACCCUGCUAUUUGCAUCUUUUUCUUCAUAUCCACCUUCUUCCACCCAUGACUUGUAAGUCAUUGUCUGAGGGUGUCUGAAAUGAGGUGUUCUUCUUGGGGUCUUAGGUAACUGGGAACAGUUAAAGUGAAAAGAGGAUGGUGAUUGGGCAGAAAGACAAGGUGUCCUAGUUACCUAGUGUUGCUGUAACAGAUACCACAACUGGGUAGCUUUAACAAAUAAACAUUUAUUUUUUCAUAGUUACGAGGCUAGAAGUCCAAAUUCGGGGUGCUGGCUCUAGGGGGAGGCUUUCUCUCUGUUAACUCUGGAGGAAGGUCCUUGUCUCUUCUGAGCUUCUGCUCCUGGGCAGUCUUCAUGUGGCUUGGCAUGUGCCUUCCCCCAUCUCUGCUUGCAUGUUUAAUCUCUUUUAAAAAAACUCAAAAGAGAUUGACUCAGGAACACCGGACAGUAAUCCUGUCCUAUUAACGUAAUGAAGGUAACCCAUUGCCAGAUGGGAUUCUACCACAGGCAUAGAGGUUAGGAUUUACAACACAUAUUUUGGGGGAACACAAUUCAGUCCAUAACACAAGGCUUCCCCUGUAUGGCAGCCAGCCUCUGAGAAUGCCCCCAGUGAUCCGUACCUCCUGGUAUUCACACCCUUGCAUAGUCCCUUUCCACAUCAAAUAGGGCUGACUUAUGUAACCAGUAGGCCAUUGAGGAAAUUAUCAAUAGAGUUUGACUUCUGAGUCUAGGUUAUAAAACAUGUUGCUGCUUCCAUCUUGUUCUCUUGAAUCCCUUACUUUUGGAGAAGCCAGUUUCCAGGUCAUGGAAACCCUCAGGCAGCCCUAUGAAGAGAUCUGUGUGAUGGGCAAAUGAGGCCUUCUGCCACCAUCCAUGGGGAUGAGCCAUCUCCGAAGCAGAUCUUCCAGCCUUAGUCAAAGCUUCAGAUGCCUGCAGGCUCAGCUGACAUUUUGACUGUAACCUGCAUGAGGGACCCUGAGCCAGAACCACUCAGCUACGCAGCUUCUGAAUUUCAGAUAUUCAAAUCGUGAGAUGAUAAAUGUUUAUUGUUUAAUGCCACUUUGUUUUUUGGUGAUUUGUUACCGAUCAGUAGAUAACAAUACACUCUUCUUGGCAGGGGAGUAGGGGAAGAACAUUAAAGAGUUUGUCAAGCCUUAGAAUCUCUUCUUGAAAAGUAUAUUAGAUAAGGUCUUUGGUUGCCAGCAUAGAAACCAACUCUGCCUAACAUAAAAAGUUUAUUGGAAACUAUGGGAGAGCCAUGGAGUCCUGGUGGUACAACGGUUAAGAGCUCGGCUACUAACCCAAAGGUCAGCAGUUCAAAUCCACCAGUCGCUCAUUGGAAACCCUAUGGGGCAGUUCUGCUGUGUCCUAUAGAGUUGCUAUGAGUUGGAAUCGACAGCAGUGGGUUUGGGUUUUGUUUUGUUUUGUUUUUUUUUAAUUCUAACGGGUUUAGAAUCUACAGAAAAGCCAAGGAUCCAGGUCUUGGGAAAGACAGGAACCAGUAAAGCUCUGGUUAUCCAGGCAGCAGGAGCUAAUGACCAGUUUGGACUGAGUUUUUUCAUGGGAACACCUGAACUCCAAGUAUUUUUGUUGUUGUCUGUUUCUCAGUUUGCGUUUUACUCCUUAGUUCUGAGUGACUCAGCUAAAGAUUCAGAAUCGAAGGAGAGAGUGUCUGGUUGGGCAGCUGAGAUCAUGUUGUCCUUCCUUAGCCAGGAGUAGGUAUCCACUGGAGGAAAAGUCCCAAGAAAACCUAGGGAGCUUUCUCCAGAAGAAGGGGUAAAGGCAGAAACAGCAGAUGUCAGCCACAGAAGGAGACAUAGUAAUAAACCAAUUUUUAGGACUUCAUGUGCACUUAUAUGAGCCUCAGCCACAUCCAUGGUCUCAGAUCAUGCUGGCAAACACUUCAGCCCAUCAUCUCGUUAAAUCUUCACAACCCCCUGAGAGAGGUACCGUUGUUAUUAUUCCUAUGUUAUAGAUAGGGAAACAGGCUCAGGAAAGUUGAGUAACUUUUGCAAAGUUAUGGUAUGAGGCAGAGCCAGGAUUUACACUCAGGCCUGUGGCAAUCCACAUUACCAGCUCAGCUCUUAAAUGCUAAGGGGCAUCAGAGCCUCCACUUCCAAGACAUUAAAAAUGGUGGCCAGAAGCUCUUCAACUUGCAGUCACAGAAUGAAUGUUCUUAGCAAGGUGGGUGAUGUUUAAAGCUGAGUCAGUAAUGUCAUUGCCUCUUCCUCAGUUCACGUAUAUAGAAAGUAAUAGAUGUCUCUUGGUUUGGGGCUUUUGUUCAGGACCAGGAGGCCUGUAGGAAGGGACUUCACACAUUUUAAAUAAUCUCGUUAUCCCCCAGUGUUUUCGAGAGUAUAGUGUACUGGUAAAGAGCAUGGAGGCAGACUGUCUAAAUUCAUAUUCAAGUUCUGCCACUUAUUCUCUGACUUUUCUGUGCCUCGUUUUCCUCAUCCGUAAAAUGGGAAUAAGAAUUGUGCCUGUCUCUAAGAGUUUUUGUAAGAAUUAGAUAACAUAUGAAAAAUUCUUAGAACAGUGCCUGGCAGUGAACGUUAGCUAUCGUCACCAUCAUCAUUUUCAUUCUUAUAAACGGUGAUCUUUGUUGUAAGGCAUAGAAACCUAGUCAGGCUAACUUAAACCAAGAAAAUAAUUUAUUGGAGGAAUUAGAACCCACAUAUCCAAAGGGCAGGACUUCCAGCAGGACCUCGUGAGAGACUGGAAUCCAUACCUGAAAAUCCAUUAAGACACAAGGCAGCCACUUUCUCUGAGGCCCCACAGUUUCUCACAUCUGUCUCUCUCGUAUGUCUUCUCCCAUCUUCUCCCUCUGCAGGCUGACCUCUUCUCUGUACUUGGCUAACAGCUGUCCCAGCCUAAAGCUGAAUCGGCCCUCUGCUUAGGUCAGGUGUCUACCCCAAUCCAAUCAACUGUGGCCAGUGGGUCAGAGUUGUGUAAUACAAACAUGGCAGUGGGGCCCACUGUAGUGAUAGGUGGGAGCAGUUCCUUCUCUCAGCACUUUCUCUUUCAGUGUCUCACAGUUUCACUGAGUAUCCUUUUCAGAAGAUUAGCAUUUUUUUAUAGCCAAAUUUGGAAUCCCAUCUAUACUAUCUUUAUCCCUUUUUUUUUUUUUUUUGCUUCGUAAUAAACCCGUUGACAACGAGCCGAUUCUGAUUCAUAGCGACCCUAUAGAACAGAGUAGAACUGUCCCAUAGGGUUUCCAAGGCUGUAAAUCUUACAGAAGCAGACUGCCACAUCUUUCUCCCUUGGAGCAGCUGGUGAGUUUGAACUGUUGACCUUUCGGUUAGCAGCUGAGCGCCUAACCACCAGUGCUCCUUUCCUUCAUAAUACUACCAUAUGAAAUGACAUAGUAUAUUUUUAUAUGUUAACUGUCUACCUUAAAAAUAUACACAACUAAGGCAGGCAGGAAGUUUGUCUUAUCUUGCUUAUAACCACAGCACCUGGCAUACUGCCUGACACAGUGCAGAAUCAGCAAAGAUCUUGUGAUUAAAAAAAAAGUUUGAGGGCUUCAUUAGAUCAGUUUUCUUAGAAUUGCUAGUCGUCAGCAGAUCUAAGUGCCAGAUUCCAACAGUCUCCAACUUCACUUUAAUUUACUUCAGGAAAUUGUGUCUCUCACAAGAUUUACAACUGUAGUUAGCAGUCUAGUCUGUUUGCCUAUAAUUUGCAUUGAAUCCAGCAAUCUGAGAGAGACCUUUGACAGAGAAUUUGAAGCGAAAUGUAGGGACAGAUGGAAUGGUUCGAUAUGGAGGGAUGCCUUAGUCGGUACUAAAAUUUAAAAAACAGUUGCCAUUGAGUUGAUUCUGACUCACAGUGACCCCAUGUGUGUCAGAAUAGAACUGUGCUCUCUGGGGUUGUCAAUGGAUGAUUUUUCCAAAGUGGAUCACCGGGGCUUUCUUUCAAGGUGCCUGUUGGUGGACUCGAACCUCCAACCUUUUGGUUCACAGCCGAGUGCUUUAACCACUACGCCACCAGGGCUCCCUGGUCUAAAAUUAGGAGUUGCCUAUUCAUCAGUUAAUAUUGUCUUAUGAUGGUUUUCACUUCUCUCUCUACCUCCCCAGGGACCAAGAUAAUGAAUAUUUAGAAAAUAAGGACCCUCUGGGUAAUAGGAGGGCCCAGAGAGAGAAGCUUUUGAUUUUGUUCAGAGGUAUCAGAGGACUUCACAAGGUGACCAUUGAACAGGGUUCUGAGGGGGUGAAUAGGAGUUUCCCCCAUAGGUGAGGGUUUGUAGGGCAUUCCAAGCAGAGUGAUGAAAAAGAACAUCAGAAAGUUGGGCAUGGCUGGUGCCAAGGGUAGGAGUCAGGGGAGUGGUUGAAGAUGUGGCUGAGAAACCAGGCAGGGCCAGGCCCGAAUGAUCCUUCUUUGCCAGGUUAAGGUUAGCAAGGCACAAUGUGAUGCAAAUAACAAAACCCAGAUUCAAACCGGCUUAAACAAGAUUUAUUACCCACAUAACAGGAAGUUCAGAGGUAAGGCAGGCUCCAGGGUUGGUUAAUUACGUGCUCACUGACGUUAGUGAGGACCCAGGAUCUUUCUCUGCUCUGUUGGCUGGUCUCUGCCACAGCCUAGGGCUAGUUCUCUGGUGCUCACAGUUGGCUGCCUGAAGCAAUCUGGCCUCUCUGCACUUCCUCCUUCAUGUCUGGUGAGAGAGUGGCUUCCUGUGUCCCCCUCAAAAGCAAGGAAACUUCUCCAAGCACCCUCCUCUAGCUGACUUCCAGAUUCUUAACCCAUCACUGCGGUUCCAGUAGAUCCGUCAGUCAGCCUCAGGCCCACUGUCUGUGCUGCGUGGUUAGGGUCAGCUUUGCCCUGAGGUGCUUGGCUGGGUUGGGAGUGGUGGGUAUCUGAACAAAGUGGGGGUUCAGUAAGUGAAGACAAGGAGUUGGGUCUUCAUGAGAUGGGAGGUACAGAGCCAUUGAAAAGUUUUAAGCAGGGAAAUCACAUCAGAUAUAUGUUUUUUGAAGGAUCAUUCUGGCAACUACGCUAAAAAGAGAUAUUCACGGCCAGACAGAAGCAGGGAGCUUGGUAGGAGAUGAUCGGAAAAUGAGGCACGGAGGAGGGCUGUGAUCGUGAUAAAGCCGUGUUUCUCAUAUCCACCUAUAAAGUCCUACCAGAUCUGACCCUGCCUGCCUUUGCUCCUCACUCAUUCCUGCUACACUCACACCUUCUUGUUCUCUGGUCUCCAGCCAUAUUAGUUUUCUGUAGGUCCUUAGACAUGUCAUGUCCCUUCUUGACUUCAUGCAUGUGGUCGCUCUGUCUGGAAUACUCUUGUCCCACCCACCACAGCCCCCCUUUGCCUAGUCACCUCUUUGUCUUCAGAUCUCAGUUCCACAUCACCCGCCCCAAGGAAACCUCUGCCUUCCUCCCAGAAGGCGUCAUCCGUCAUUAGCUGUCAGAAGUACCCUGUUCUCUUCCAUAGCACGUGAUUGUAACUAAUUGUGUAAAUAACUGUGUGAGUAAUCAGUUCUGCAAUUUUUUGCUAAGGCCAAAUCGCAAAAUCUGUGGAAGUAGACAAAGAACACCCAAAUGAGAACAACAAAGGCUUUUGUCAGAGACUCAAAGGCAGGCGGUAGAGAAGGAAAGCUUUUAGUGGAAAGGAGGGACGGCUUCAGGUGUGCCCCGCCUGGAAGCUGUUGGCGUGGAGAAGCCAGAGGCAGGCUAACUAGAAGCGGGGCAUCUUAUGUGAUUGGUUAGAGAAACAUAUUUGGCUUUCUCUGGUUGGUCCUGAGUUGGCAGGAGGAACAAAAAUUAGGGAAGCUGUCGGCUAUUAAGUCCUGGACAUUUGGGGCCCACUGUUACAGGGAUUAUUGUCUGGCUGCCUGGCCCGGUAGCUGCAGGUAGUGGUUUGAUUUUUUGGGCUGGAUGUUGCAGGUUGUGGAUUAGAAUUCUCUUUUUAUGUACGGUCUGGCCAUUGUCCAUGUAUUGAUUCAGUCUUUGAGAUCUACGAGUCCAGGCAUCUCAUCUGUCUUGUUCACUAUUGUACCCUCACUGCUGAGAAAGGUGCCAGUUCAUGUAGCAGGUGCUCAAUAAGUAUUUGUUGAAUGAAAGCCCAGACCCACAUCUGAUCAGGUUGGAUGGUCAGAGGCUCAGUCAAGUGCACAGCUGCAGGCUCCACUCUGCUAUGCCUAGUUACUAGGUUUAGCUAGAAUAUUAUUUUGCAUGUUCAGGAACUUCACAUCAUUUGUGGUUAACUAUUAUUUUUUUUAUUCACAGUGGUUAUAAAGCACUUGGCUACUAACUGAAAGGUCAACAGUUCGAACCUGCCAGCUGCUCCAUUAGAGAAAGAUGUGGCGGUCUGCAUCUGUAAAGAUUUACAGCCUUGGAAACCCUUUGGGGAUAGCUCUACUCUGUCCUAUAAGGUUCCUAUGACUCAGAAUUGAUUCGACACCAGUGGGUUUUUUUUUUUUUUUUUUUUUUACUUAAUGAAUCACGUAAUAUAAACUUUUUGUUUUUCUUUGGAAGGGUAGUACAAGUUUGACUUGGCAUGUAUUAUGCUCAUUGUGAUACCCUGGGGACCUCCACCUUACCUUUCAGAUCUGAGCAAAAUGUUGGGGUCACAGCCUUUCCCUCCAGGCCAGGGUCCCCUCAGCCCAUCACUCUCUACCCUGUUCCUGAUUGCAGUAGGACAGCCCAGCUAAGGGGACUGGGGCUUCUCUUUCCACAGACCUCCACUUGGUGGAGUUUAUCCAAUCUGGUCUUCUUUCAUUCAUUUGGCUGAAACACCUACUGUGUGCCAGGGCCUCUGCUAGGCCUGGGGGUGCAGAGACGGUGAAGACAAAGCCAUAUCAUUGUAGGUGGUCAGUCCACAGAUGUGUAUCCACCUUAUUUGUUACUAUUUCUGUGUAUUUGUUAAACUUAACAAGUGAGCAAAAGAUAAUCCCCCUACCUCAAAGAGAUCCCAGUCUCAUGGAGUUGUAUUCAAACUCAUUGAAGCGGGGAGUGUUUACAAAAAUAUUUAGAAUUUUUGUACAUGGGAAAUUUGUCUCUUCUCUAUUUAACCCUUUAUUUAUGUCAAUAUGAAUUCAUGAAUAUUUAUCUUAUACUUUAGGUUAUAAUCCAGUACUGCCUUUUUAUUUUAUUGCUUAAAUUGUGCCAGCUUUGGCCACUGGGAGUUAAUGAGUUUGCUCCUGUAUGCCUUUGAUAUACCCCCAUCAAUGCAGGGGUAGAUGCUCUAGCCUCCUCUGAUAGAUUUGCUGCCCCAGUCCUAGAAUCAACCAUUUCCCCAAGGAGCCCUGGCUCUUUUUUUUAGAGAAUGAUAUUAGAAACCAAGAUUGUUGCUUCUAAGGUUUGAUUUUUUUUUUAAGUGUGGGAAAAAAAAACGGACAUUUCCAGAAAAAAGGAAUAAAGGAAACGCUGGUGGUGUGGUGGUUAAGUGCUACGGCUGCUAACCCAAGGGUCAGCAGUUCAAAUCCACCAGGCACUCCUUGGAAUCUCUGUGGGGCAGUUCUACUCUGUCCUAUAGGGUUGCUAUGAGUUGGAAUCGACUCGAUGGCACUGGGUUUGGUUUGGGUAGGGGAAUAAAACACCUCUACAGUAGUUUUUUUUUAUAGUAGUCUGGCUCUCAGACGCCAGUUUUUGAUUUCUGCUUUACACUCAUUUUCAUUGUGUAAGUUAUUUGAUUGCACUGUGACUCAGCCUCCACAUCUGACAAAUGAGCAUUAAAAGAGUACAUUAAGGUACACUGGUGGCGCAACGGUUAAGUGCUUGGCUGCUAACCAAAAGGUUGGGGGUUCGAACCCACUCGGUGGCUCUUUGGGAAAAAGACCUGGUGAUCUGCUUCAGUAACGAUUAGACCAAAAACCCACUGGCUGUCAAGGUGAUUCCGACUGAUAGGGACCCUAUAGGACAGACUAGAACUGCCCUGUGGAGUGUCCAAGGCCGUAAAUAUUUACAGAAGCAGACUGCCACAUCUUUCUCCCUAGGAGUAGCUGGUAGGUUCGAACUGCCCACCUUUUGGUUAGCAGCGGAGAGCUUUAACCACAGGACCAGCAGGGCUCCUCAGUAAAGGUUUAAAAAAAAAAAAAAUCCAUUGCCAUAGAGUCGAUCCCGGCUGAUAGCAACUCUAUAGGACAGAGUAGAACUGCCCCAUAGUGUUUCCAAGGAGUAGCUGAUGGAUUCGAACUGCCGACCUUUUGGUUAGGAGCCAUAGCUCAUUGUAGCUCUUAACCACUGUGCCACCAGCCUAGGAAACCGUAUGAGGAAGUUCUACUCUUUCACAUGGAAUCGCUAAGAGAUAAAAAUCGACUGGACAGCACCCAAAACGACGACAACAGGACUAUUUUAAGGCCUAGACCAGAUGUUAAAAGAUAAUUUUCAGAAAAGGGUAAAAUCAUGACUUUCACAGAGUAAAAAUGAACUCGUGUUAAAUUAAAGAUUUUACUUAUUAGUGGAGAAACUGGUAAGGUGUUUAACACCAGUUCAAAGGAGAAUCCAAAGAGCAGAUGUAUUUAUACAUCAGGAAUAUUGAAAUGGAUGUGCAAAUGGAAAUGUUUUUUCCACAGAGCGGAGGGUUGUCUCUCCAGGGGACAGAAUCUUUUGCAUGUCUCUAGAGAAGAAUAACUUUCCAUUGCUGUUAGUUACCUACAGUUUGCAGAACUGUAAAAUAGCUCCCCCAAAAUGAGAAUCAAAUAAUGCAAUAGUAGUAUAAUAGUUUUCAUUGUAAUACAAAUGAAGUGUAACAGUCCUGUACGAGUAAUAAUUGUAGAAGAUUUAGCGUAGGAUCUGGUACAUAGUGAGUCACUUGUCAUUCUUUCAACUGCAGUUUCAUUAUUUCCAUUUCAAAGGGUGUUUUUUUUUAUGAGCAGCAACCCCUCAGAUGGGAAUGUGUGUGACUAGAUUUAUUUCGGAACUGAAAUGGCACGGCAAAGAAACUUUUUAGCUUGCUGUCAGGUGCUGCUGAGUUGGUUCUGACUCACAACGACCCUGUGCACAACAGAACAAAACAUGGCUCAGUCCUGCACCAUCCUCACAAUUGUUGCUAUGUUUGAGCCCAUUGUUGCAGCCACUGUGUCAAUCCACCUUGUUGAGGGUCUUGUUUUUUGCUGACCCUCUACUUGAUCAAGCAUGACGUCCUUCUCCAGGGACUGGUCUCUCCUGAUAACAUGUCCAAAGUAAGCAAGAUGAAGUCUCACUAUACUCGCCUGUAAGGAGCAUUCUGGCUGUAUUUCUUCCAAGACAGAUUUGUUCCUUCUUCUGGCAGUCCAUGGUGUGUUUUUAACUUAGAUUGUAUAUUUGGGGUAGAGAUGGCACCUACAAGUCGCAUAACCUGUUCCCUUGGGAAGACGACUCCCACAUUUUUCUCCCUUGGAGUGGUUUCGAACUGCAGACCUUUAGGUUAGCAGCCGAGUGAUUUAAACACUGUGCCACCAGGGCUCCCACACCCAUCUCUUAUUGCUUCCACUGUUCACUUGUCUAGUGGUGUGUGUGCCAGGCACUAUUCUAGGGACAGGUGAUACAGAAAUGUACAAAACAAUGUCCCUGUGUAUAUACUAGUGUAAUAAAACAGGCAAACGACUAUAGGGAGGAAUUUGUGCUGCAAUGGAAAAGUGCAUUGUCUAGACAGCACACCCUUCUGGUUUCUUGCCUUUCUUUGCUUUUGAGAUGUUUUGCAACCUCGUAAAUUGUAGAUGACUGAUAGCAAAGCCAAGUAAUUCUUGUCCACAGACAUGCAAAUUAAUUCUGUGAGCUGGAGGGACAGCCCUCCCUGCAGGUGGGAAGGUGCAUUUGCACGUUCGUUUUCAAGUUCCUUUAUUCCAUAAAACUUUGCACUUCUUCCACAUUUCUUUUGAACCAAUUAUAACAUCUGCUUGCUUCCCUCAUUUAAUUAGUAUAAGUGUCAUGGCAUACUUUUUUUUUUUUUUAAUUAUCCUUUAACAAAAUAAGCAUGUAAAUACUUAAUUUGCCAAUGGUAUGAUGUGUUAUGGUGGGUUCUAAACACUGACUUUAUGGUUUAUCAGGCAGGCCCUUAACCACUGUGCCACCAGGGCAGUGGUUAAUAUGACAUACUUACACUGAAAAAGUAUUAGUUGCUAAUCUGAAAUUCAUAUUUUACUGUUGUUGUUGUUAGGUACCAUCUAGUUGAUUCCGACUCAAAGAGACCCUAGGCACAACUGAACGAAACACUGCCCAGUCCUGUGCCAUCCUCACAAUCGUUGUUAUGCUUAAGCCCAUUGUUGCAGCCAUUGUGUCAAUCCAUCUCGUUGAGUGUCUUCCUCUUUUUCGCUGACCCUUUACUUAACAAGCAUGUUCUUCUCCAGGGAUCGAUCCCUCCUGACACUUCCAAAGUAUGUGAGACAUAGUCUCACCUUCUGUACUUCUAAGGAGCAUUCUGGUUGCACUGCUUCUAAGACAGAUAUGUUCAUUCUUUUGGCAGUCCAUGGUAUAUUCAAUAUUCUUCUCCAACACUACAAUUCAAAGCAUUAAUUCUUCUUCAGUCUUCCUUAUUCAUUGUCCAGCUUUCACAUGCAUAUGAGGGGGUUGAAAACACCAUGGCUUGGGUCAGGUGCACCUUAGUCUUCAAGGUGAUAUCUUUGCAUUCCAACACUUUAAAGAGGUCUUUUGCAGCAGAUUUGCUCAAUGCAAUGCAUCUUUUGAUUUCCUGACUGCUGCUUCCAUGAGCGUUGAUUGUGGAUCCAAGUAAAAUGAAAUCCUUGAUAACUUCAAUCUUUUCUCCGUUUAUCAUGAUGUUGCUUAUUGGUCCAGUUGUGAGGAUUUCUGUUUCCUUGAUGUUGAGGUGUAAUCCAUGUUGAAGGCUGUGGUCUUUGAUCUUCAUCAGUAAGUGCCUCAAGUCCUCUUCAUUUUCAGCAAGCAAAGUUGUGUCAUCUGUAUAACGCAGGUUGUUCAUGAGUCUUCCUCCAAUUCUGAUGUCAGGUUCUUUUUCAUGUAGUCCAGCUUCUCAGAUUAUUUGCUAAGCAUACAGAUUGAGUAGUGACCCUAUGGGACAGAGUAGACCUGCCCCAUAGAGUUUCUAAGGAGUGCAUGGUGGAUGUGAACCCUUUGGUUAGCAGCUGUAGCACUUAACCACUACAACCGCCACCAGGGUUUCCACAGAUUGAAUAGGUAUGGUGAAAGGAUACAACCCUGAUGCACACUUUUCCUGACUUUAAACCAUGCGGUAUUCCCUUUUUCUUUUCCAACGAUUACCUCUUAGUCUAUGUACAGAUUCCUCAUGAGCACAAUUAAAUGUUCUGGAAUUCCCAUUCUUUGCAAUGUCAUCCGUAAUUUGUUACGAUCCACACAGUCAAAUGCCUUGGAUAGUCAAUAUAAUAUAGGUAAACUAUUGUAGUCUUCGCUUUCAGCCAGGAUUCAUCUGACAUCAGCAAUGAUAAUUUAACUGGGGGUCCUAUAUUUUAUCUGGCGACCCUAUUUCUGAAGGAAGAGAGGGCGCAGGCCUUGAGAUGUUUGAUCGACUUUGACCUUAGCCCUGGUCGCUAGAUAAGUAGUGAUAGCUAGCCCCGAAGACUCGCAGUGAAGGGGAUCCAU